ACCCUGACGGCCUGCUCUGAGGGAGGAGGAAGCCGCUCCGCCGGAGCUGCGAUGGGGAUUUGAACGCACCUCCGCGAAGAAGACAGCGCAGCACGGCCCGGCUCAGAGCGCAGCGGGCGGGUCCGCCUCACUUUAACCCCCCGGUUUGGAUGUACCCUGAUCGGAUUCGGCCUGCUGCUGACUGAGCGGUUCGUUGGGCGGUUGUUGCUCGGAGCUGGAGGCCGGGAGCAGGACAGCGUCUGCCCGGGCUGCUGCUGCUGGUGGCGGAGUGUCGCCGUCGGUCGGUUCCCGCGGAGAGCGGAGCGGAGCCUGCAGGGACCUGCUGCUGCUGCUGCUCCUCUGUGUGUGUGUUUGUGCCUUUCUUUUCUCCUCCGCGCCUGGACUCGCGUACACACGUUACACACGGGAUUAACUGAUUAACGCUCCGGUACCGGGGAGUUGGAUGUGUGUUUUGCCCCGCAGGAGUCACCUGGAGUCCGGGCGGAGAGACGGGGCCGAUGGCGCAACGGUAUGAAGACCUGGCCCACUAUGGGCUGGAGGGGGUGGGCGGGGUGUACGGAGACCCACACCAGCAUCACCACCACCAUGCCGCUGCUGCCCGCUCUCUGCAGGCCGUGCACCUGGCCGCCGCCGCUGCUGCUGGGCCAUACCCUCCGCACCAGUACGCCCAGUCCACCCACACCAGCAGCAGCAUGGGUGCCACAGCUGGGGACACCGUCAAGAGGGACAAAGACGCCAUUUAUGGACAUCCUUUAUUCCCCCUGCUUGCACUGAUUUUUGAAAAAUGUGAACUGGCAACCUGCACGCCGAGAGAGAGCGGUGUGGCCGGAGGAGACGUCUGCUCCUCGGACUCCUUCAACGAGGACAUCGCCGUCUUCUCCAAACAGAUCCGAUCAGAGAGGCCUUUAUUUUCAUCAAACCCAGAGCUGGAUAAUUUGAUGGUCCAGUCGAUACAAGUGCUACGCUUCCAUCUCCUGGAGCUGGAGAAGGUUCAUGAGCUUUGCGAUAACUUCUGUCAUCGGUACAUCAGCUGUCUGAAAGGGAAAAUGCCCAUCGAUCUGGUUAUAGACGACCGAGAUGGAAACAAGUCGGACAGUGAGGACUUCAUCAGGUCAUCAGGGAACAACAUGGAUCAGAUAUCAUGGAGCAGAGAUCAUGACGACGCAGCAUCGAUCCGGUCGGCCGGGACGCCGGGACCAUCCAGCGGUGGACACACGUCUCACAGCGGCGACAACAGCAGCGAACAAGGUGACUGCCUGGAUAACGGUGUGGCUUCUCCCAGCACAGGAGACGACGACGACCCCGACAGAGACAAACUGCACAACAAAAAAAGAGGCAUCUUCCCCAAAGUGGCCACCAACAUCCUGAGAGCCUGGCUUUUUCAGCACCUGACGCACCCGUACCCUUCAGAGGAGCAGAAGAAGCAGCUGGCUCAGGACACCGGCCUCACCAUCCUGCAGGUCAACAACUGGUUCAUCAACGCGAGGCGGCGGAUUGUUCAGCCAAUGAUCGACCAGUCCAACAGAGCAGUGAGCCACGCAGGACCGUACGGCCCAGAUGGUCAGCCAAUGGGAGGCUUCGUUAUGGACGGACAGACACACAUGGGAAUCAGACCACCUGGUCCUAUGGGUGGCGUGGGGAUGGGGAUGGGCGUGGAGGGACAGUGGCACUACAUGUAGCACCACCGCCACCCUGCAGCCAGAGGACUCGCCCAGUGUCCCGGCAAACCACCGUAAGUAACUCAUGUUUGAAGGACCAGGUCACCCACAUUAUAUGUAGGGCUGGUGAGAUUGGAAUCAUCUGUCGGAGUCGACUUUUUCUCAUUUUGUUUUUUGUUUUGUCAGUACAGUGUACAGUGUAACUCAGGGGGCGUUUCAGUCCCCAGAUUUAGCGGCGGUAACCUCACCUAUGGUCAUGAGAUCAUGGAUAU